UCGCCCUUGUGAGCUUUUCACUGCUGGAGUAAAUAAAACAGACGUUGGAGUUUUUUCCUAAAAACUUUGUAUUUAGUCUCUGUGGAUGUAUGAGAACUUCUGAAUAUAAUUAUUUGGAGUGAAUGGUGACUGAAUGCAGUGUCUGUCUGUCGUUUCCAUCAGAGGAGGAAUGUUUCUGCUCCAGUUAACUGAAACAUAUAGGCUGACCCCGACAAUAGGGCAAUCUUAGUCUGGCCUAUCGAGGAUGGUUUAGUUCCUCUUUCUCGCUUUCUUUUCUGGAGUUAUUCUUAUGACUCAUGCUGCUGAAAUACAGCAUAACACACAAUAGUCCUUCAGUAUGUGAUUGAGCGAAACGUCUGCGCUAGCUGCUGUGUGUUUGUGUAAAUGCGGGAAAGCGUUGUGUCCGAGGAAGCGAUUGAGGAUGUGAGGGUCAUACGGCAGGACUUAUGGAGGCUCCAGAAGCUCCUGACUGAUCUCCCUGAUGAUAUGCUGGAGGACAGUCGUGACUGCUCCUCACCCGAGCUCGACCGCUCCACCUGCAGUCACCAGGGAGAUGACAACAGAACACGGCAUGCUUGGAAUGUGCCACAGUGGGAGGAUCGAAGACCUUCCCAUGAGGGACGCUAUGAGGAGGACGGUCAAGGAUCUUACAAUGAAGGCAGCUACAGAAGUCACACCUCUCAGACCAACAGUCACCCUUAUCACCUCCAGGCGGGAUCAGAACAUUUACACCCAGGUUGGGACCAACAAACCAGCGGGAACUACCAGUACCAGAACGGAGACUACGCAGGCACGGAUGAGUCCCGCGGCACUGACUUCUCUGCUGCAGAUGGGGAUGACCAGGACGCGUAUCCGCAUGAUGCUCUUCGAAACGGAGCAGGUUACCAUGAAGAAGAGGCCCAAAGCAAUGGGUUAAACUAUGGAGCGCAUGCCAGUGCAAAAAAACAGCUCCAGUGUGUUGCUGGGAACAGACCUGCUGACCACUACAAGGCCAGUUACCACCCACACCAGCCUUCCAACCAACCAAAGAUGUUCAAUCCUCAAGCAGCCAAUCACAACGGCCAUUUCGACCAGCUUCAGAGGGACUUCCUGGACUCAACGCAGAAAACAUCAGAUGGUCAGCAGCUGGCUCAACUGCACAUUCUGAACAGAGCUCAGUCCAGACAGAUCGAAGAGCUUGAGCAGAAACUAGAGGACUGCAGGAGGAACAUGAGAUAUCUGGAGCAUCAGUUUGCCAUUGUCAAAGAUGAGAGGGACGGUCUGGCGAUGUCACUGAAGGAGUCCGGUGCUCUUGUUGAGGAGGGGAAAGAAAAAGAGGCUCAGCUGCAGGCCCGAAUCAGAUCUCUAGAGAAACAAACCCAGGCUCUGGCGGAAAGAGAGCAGGCGUGCGUGAAGCAGCAGCGUGCAGCUGAGGUAGCGAUGGACGGCAUGCAGCAGCAGAUGAUGGAGCUGUGUCGAUCUGAAACGCUGACGCGAGCACGUGAGCAGCAUGACAGAGACAUGACAGCCCUCAGGGAACAGCAUGAAGCCAAACUGCUGGCACUUCAGCAGAAAUUAGAUGACCAAUCACAGAGCCUGGAGGAGCAGGCUGAAGCUGGCCAGCGUCUGCUGGAUCAGGUCAGACAGCUGGAGCGUCAGAGAGAAGAAGAUCAGAUGGACAGAGCUUCAGUCAUCAACACCCUCACACAGCGACUGGAGGAGAGCCAGCAGCAGUGUGCCAAACUGCUUCACACCGGCUCUGUGCAGGAGAUGAGCCAGUUACAGAUGAAACUACAGCAGGCCCUGUCUGCCCGUUCUAUCAGUGAAGAUAUCAACAAAGCUAUGCAGGAAGACUUAACUGAGCUGAAGGAGCAGAUCAAUCUGUACGAGUCUGCCGUUAAACACGGAGCUCUUUCCAUUGAGUCUAAUGGAGACUGGGAGAACCAGCUGUCUGAGUCCUGCAUCGAUCUAGGGAUCAAAAAGUCCAAGUGGCGAAAUGGACGAAUCCACAGUACCCCGCACAUAGCAGAUGUGGGAGACUCUGGCCCGCUGAAGGACGAUGUGGUGCGAGAGCUGAAGAGCGAGUUACAGCGCUGCCUGAGUCACCUAAAGAGCAAAAGACUGAAGAUCUCAGAGCUGCAGGAGGAACUAAAGAGCUCCCAGACCAAAACAGAGCGCUUACAGACGCAGCUAGACCAAGCUGAGAAGACCGCAAGAGACUCGAAGGUUAGGGAGAGCAGCUUGGAGAAACACUUGGAAUCGUCUGGAUUGGCCGCCGCCCCUCAGAAAGAGCUUGUCAAACUGCAGGAGGAACGGCAAGUUCUGCAGGACAGAGUAGAGGCUCUGGAGAAGAGGAACCAGGAGCUGAAGCAGAGUGAGGAAAAGGUGAAAGCCGCUAAUUUUGAGCUCUGUACCAAGAUGAGAGAGAUGAUCCAAGAGCUGGACCAGGAGAAACAGGAAGCAGCGGAGAGGUAUGAAAGGACUCAGCAGCAGUACAGGGAUGACGUGGUGAAUCGUGUCCGGGCGGAGCUCGCAGAAGAGCACACGGCUCAUGUGGAGCAGCUCAUCAGCCAACAUCAGCAACAAAUCCAGCAGCUAGAGUCAAAGCUGUCUGACCUCAGUCAGGAGAUGUUGGCUGUGCAGGAGUGCUACAUUUCGGUUUGUAAAGAGAAAGACAAAUUGGAAGAAAAUCUGCAGAGAGAGAUUGACGAAGAGAGACGAUUGGGAGAGGAUGAGCUAAAAAGAAGAGAGGAGAGCGACUGUGCUCUGGAGAGAUUGAAGUCCGAUCUAGAGUCCCAGCAUCAGGAGGACGUGACUCGACUCAAAGCCCAGUGGAAGACAGAAACACAAGCUGAGGUUGAGCCGCUGGUUCAAAAGCAGCUGGAAAGCACCAGACAGAACUGGCAGCGCGAGCGUGAGACGUUGGAGAAAUGCUGGGCUCAGAAGCUACAGAGAGCCCAGGAGGAGAUUGUGAAGCUCAAAAAGGCAGACGCUUGUGAGGGAGGGUGUCAGACCAGCUUUCUGGAGACCACCACGCCGAUGAUUUCACCAGACGAGCUGGAGAUCAGACUCAGCGAUCAGAGAGAGACACUGCAGCAGGAGGCUGCGACCGCUCAGGCCAGAGCGUUGGAUGAGGCUGUGAAACGCGCUCGGAGAGAACUGCAGCAGAAACACACUGAUGGCAUCGCACUAAAGGUUGAAGGUGCGAUAUCACGGGCUCGCUCUAGAUGGCUCCAAGACUUAACCUCUUUACCGGAAUACAAAAGCAGCUUGCAAACAGAGAGAGAAGAAUGGGAGAGGCAACAAGAGAAACGGGUUCAAGAACAGGUGUCUGCAGCAGUGAAGAAUGUGGAGGAUGAGUGGCAGGAGAAACUCUGUACCAAAUGCACCGAGCUGGAUGAGUGUAACAGGAGAAACCGAGAGCUUCUGGAGGAGGUGCUCAUCCUCGGCACUCUACAGGAGAGUUCAGGCCAGGAGCAGGCCGCUCUCAUCAAAGCAGAGAUGGCAGCGGCACGAGAUGUUUGGAUGAGGGACAAGCAAGAGGAGAUGUCCCGUCUCAGAGCAGAGCUUCAGAAAGAGCACAAACACAAACUGCAAGUCGCACUGGUGCAAAACCUCACACUGAGAAACGUUGAGCUGCAGGAGGCCCUCAGGGAGAAGGAACAGGACUGGAGGAGCCGGCAGGAGAUCAGACUGCAGGAGGAGACACGGCGGGUGCAGGAGGAGGUGCUCUCUGAUCUAAAGGUGGUGUUGCUGGAGGGCUUGGAGAGGAGGAACAGCGAACAGACGUCCAGCAGCGUGACAGGAACCAUCAGAUCCAGACUGUGGCAGAUCUGCAGAGAAACACUCAGUCAAACAGUCCACCAGGCCAAACAGGAAUGGAAGAAGAGCAGUGAUGAUAAGCUCAGAUGUGUGCUGAAGGAGACCCAGGAGCGGCAUGAAGCUGAGAUCGCAAGUUUAAUGGCUCGGUGGAAACUGGGCCCGUGCACCAGCGCUGAAUGUGCCGAGACUCUGGCCAAGCUCCAGAAAAGGAAUCAAGAUCUUCAGAGGCAUCUCCAAAAGGCCUGCCGGCACCUUCAGAGGGCCACGCGAGAACACAAGAGCACUCUGCAGAAGAUAAAAGCCGAGCACGAGGAAGCCCUGCAGAAACAACAGGAGAGUCACAACAGAGCUCUCGGUGAACUCCAACAAGCCUCAGAUGCAGAAGCACAGUCGAGUGCAGUGAACCGGAGGAAUCUUCAAGCGGGUCUUGAGGAGAUGAAGGAGCAGUACACACAGGCUGUGGAGAAGAUCAAAGGUGAUAUGCUGCGAUACCUUCAGGAGACUAAGGAGCGAUCGGCCGAUCUGAUCAGGGCCGAGGUCAUGAGGGAGAGACAGGACACCGCCAGGAAGAUGCGCAGGUAUUACCUCACCUGUGUGCAGGAGCUGCUUGAAGAUGAAGGCCACACCACAGGUGCAGAGAAGAAAAUUAUCAGCGCUGCUAGUAAGCUGGCCUCUAUGGCCAAAGUUCUGGAGACCCCUGUACCCAAACGCAAGCUUUUAAAAACCCAGAACUCUCAAGGUGAAUCAGCCAAAUCAGACGGUAACACAACUGCUUCUCCUGCUGAAGUUCUGGGUGCUGCCUCACAUGGAGCUGAAGUUCAUGUUCGAAGAAAGGACCAAAAGAUAUACAACCUAACUGAGACCAUCUAUACAGCCAAACAGAAAAGCGUCAAAGCAAAAUAUAAGGACUUCGAACCCGACUUCCUCAAGUCUGGGAUGUUGUAUGAUUCUAAAGACCCCGGGAUGACACCUCAGAUACCUCACGCUUCCCAAAAACGCACACAGAGUGGAUUAGGCAUCUGUUCCAAUGUUACUGAUGAUAGUAUUUUCCAAAACAAUGACAGGACGACUAAUGUUACUUUAAGAAAGCAUAGCAGGGAGAAGUUUAUGGAGGGUUUCCUGAUCGAAGAGCCACCUGUCCGGGAUGACGGUCAGAGCGAUUGGAGUUUAACCAGUAACGGAUGUAACAUUGUAAACAACGUUCACCUGACAUCAUCGUACCCAGAGCCAGGCAAGCCAUUCUUAAUAAAUGGUCCUUUAUUGGGUGGUUUGAAUUUGGGAAGCUCCAUUGGUGAACACUCUGAUAUCACACUUUACAAAGAGAUUGUUCCACCCUUUUACUCAAAAGUUGGCGAUGGCAGAGCAAAUAAACACAGAGAGCCAAUCCCUGGAUCAGAAGGAGAUGAUGUCCUUAAAUCAUGUCCAAUGAGUUUGUUUUCAGAGUUGAAAGUGCGUCAACAUGACAGCGGGUUCGACAGUCCAUUGGCACGGCAUCAGAAAUAAAAUUGUGACUUUUUUGGUGUCCCAGUGCCUUCGUAAACAUUAAGAGUUGUGUAUGUAAGAGUUGCAUUUGUUGCACCCAGGUAACCUUAAGCAAUGCUUUUUUACUCGUUUGAGCCAAAAGUGUCUUUUGUACUUGUUUUUUUAAGCAGUUGCACUGUCGGUGCUUGAAUUUAUGUUUGUAAUUUAAUAAAAAAAUGACUUAAGUUUGCAUUAAGUAAUCUGCUUUCACAUCUUGCUACUAGUUAAAUAGAAACACACAGUUUAGUCAAGUUCCAGCAUGCACUAUGAAACACAAGGUGUAAAACAACCUGUCAACCAUUUACUAAAUCGAAAGUUUUAUGUUCCAGACAUCUACUGUUAACACUUUAACUGUGGUUUGAUAAAUAUCUUCAGGCAACCUCUGUACAGCCAGUCAAAGUUCAAUACCAGCGAGGAAGAGGUGAACUAUUCAAUUCAUAUAACUAGAACACUGAUAUCUACUGUCUAUAUGCCUGCUUAAAACUGGAUUGCUGUUUUGCAAAAAAAAAUGGGUAAUGCAUUUUGCACUUUUCAUGAUAUGUCAAAUUCAGACCUACUGCACUUUUCACAAUUUUGCAUUCUUGCAAAGCAGCUUUUCAGAAAACAUGUUUUGGCACAAACUGCAGAUGCAUAGGAAAGAAACAGAAGCAAGGGAGAAGUUGAAAACCUAUGGUAUUGUUAUGAAAUCGUAUUGUAACGAUUUGUAUUGUAACGAUUUUGCUACGUAUUGUAGCCAUUACAAAUAAUAAGAGUUACAAAACUAAAUGUAGGCUUUAUUUUCUUUAUAUAAAAUAUACAUUUUGGGUGCAACAUGGGCCAUGUAUGUCUUGACAUUCACCCCAAAAUCAUCAAAGCUGUUCGUAAAUAGCACACCUUUAAGAGAAGGAACCAUAGUUUUACUGCAAAUACCAUGGUUGAACUAUACUAUGGUUUCACUGCAA